CGUGACACGGAAGGCGAAGGGUCGCGUCUCGUUUUCCUGUAUCCUCCUCUUUUCCCCACUCACCGUGCAGGAAGGCGAAGGGUCCAGGCGUCCGGCACUUCAGCUUCUCCCGUUGCUCCUUGCGUCUUCUCCGACCGGGUUCUUGUCCGGCGACCCUGAGGCUGUGGCACUUGAGGAAAGCGACCCAUGGAGCUCGAGGCCAUUGGAAAGCGACCCCGUGCAAGCAGCGGCGGCAGCAGCAGCAGCUUGGCUAGCGACAGGCUGAGCUCCCUACCGGAUUGCCUCAUCCACCACAUCAUGUCCUUCUUGAAGGCCCGGCAGGUGGUGCAGACCUGCGUGCUGUCCACCAGAUGGAGGCACCUCUGGCGCUCUGUGCCAUGCCUCGACAUUGACCAGGAGGAGUUCAAGACCGCAGGCCCGAACCGCGAUGAAGAGAAGGAAUGGCAUGACUUCGCGGACUUCACCGACCAUCUGCUUAUACCUAAUAAUAUUUCCAUUGCGCACUUGGAUACGUUCCAGCUGCAGCUUAGUGUCUCCAAAUAUCCAUACGAUAAGGAUAAACAGGCAGCCAGAUGGAUCCGUCAUGGCAUAAAGUACAGUGGUCAGGAUCCUGGCAUUCAGUGUAUGAAAUUGAACUCUGCCUCCUGGCGCCUCAAAAGGCUGCACCUUUCCAAUUUAUAUUUGGAUGACAGUUUCAUGAAUCAUAUCAGUUCAGGGUGCCAAUAUCUGGAGGAUUUGGAGCUGAAAUCUUGCAACUGUUCAUUUCAUGAGAUCACAUCCCACACAAUGAAGAACUUGAUUCUGAAGGGCUGCCAGUGCUAUGCACUUUCUGUCAUUACAUCACCCAUGCUGAAUAGCUUAAUUAUUAAUGGAGGUUGGUUCGCAUUUAUUUCUCUGCGGGUUAUUGCCCCUGCUGUUGCUUAUCUGCUCCUGGACGUGAGUGCUUAUUCCUUUCGAGGCUGUGUUUCAUUUGAUGAGAUGUCAUCUCUUGCCGAGGCUUCCAUUUUUCUAAGGAACUGUGUAAGAAGUGAACUCAGCAAGGACCAAUUCAAGCUUCUUUGUAGUUUGUCUAAUGUUACAAAUUUGGUGUUGUCAGGUUUCCAAACAAUGGUGAUCGGUGAAGAAUUCCCAGAAUUUCAGAACCUUAGGACAUUGUUAUUGGAGAAAUGUGAUCUUAGUGAUAACUUCCAGAUGUUGGGACACUUUCUUCAGCAUUCGCCUAAUUUGGAGAAGCUCACUUUGGACCAUUGCAAGUUCUCAAAGGAUCCUAAGAGAAAGAAAGGAAAUGUCAAGUCGAACAAGGCGUAUCUGAACCAGUUUGAUGUCCGGUGCAAGAACCUCAAGCUUACUAAAAUUAUCUACAACGAUGACGAUGCCCAAAAGCUGCUGAACCUUUUGUUUAGCAUUUCUAGUGAUCUGCCCAAGAAUAACAUAAAAUUCACCAAGGUUGGUCCAGGUCAUCCUUAGCCUAGGUUAUCUGUCGCUUGUCACGCUGGGGCUUCUAUGAACUUUGCUUGUGUGCCUCCGCUGUGUUGGGAUGUCCUUAGUUAAAGUGUUGAGCAUGUGCUUUUGAACUCAUUUCUAGAUAACUUAGUUGUAUGAGUUAUGGUACUGUUUUUUUGUUGUCUGCACCUCAAGUCUUUAUAUGUAAGCUUACAUGCUUCAAAGUGAACAGAAAGUUGCAUGUUUGCUUCGUUUUGUUGUUAUAUCUGAAUUCAAGUUUGGCAGAUGGAGGCCUUUUCGAAUAUGAAUCUUUGAGUUCAUUUCGUCCUUCUGUUUGCAUGCAUUCACUAA